AAUAUUUUGCUUGUCGGAUGCUAAAGAUGAUGAUGCUAUUGUUAAGGCUAUUAUGAAGACUGGUGAACUUAAAGUAGGUGUAGAGAAUGAAUUUGAUAAUGGUAGUGAUGAGGUGGGAAAUGUCGGUGGUGUGGAAGAAAAGACACCUAUCUUUUGUGAUCUUUCUAGGCCGUCAUUAGUAACUGAUUCCGGAAUAGUAGCAGCUUUUACAUCAAAAGAUGAAGUCAUAACAGGUUUAUUUG